UAGUAGUGAUUAUAUCGUCUAUUGGCAACUCUAUCUAACUCUCUUUCUUAAAGAAAAUACGUAGUGGAAAAUCAACAUGACGGAGUCUUGAAAAUGAUAUUUAGACUUAAAGUUAACGAUAAUAUGCCUUUAUAGUAUCUUUAUUUGAUAAUAAGUUUGUCUCAUUAAUUGUAAGCAAUUGUGAGUAGUAGUAUACUACAAGCAGAAAAUCGAUGAAGUAUUAACUUAAUAUUUUUGUAAUAGAUUAUAUAUAACUUUAAAUUUAUUAAUUUAAGAUCUUAUUUUAAAUAUUUGGUAUAAAAAGCAAACAAACUUUUUAUGUUUCAUUUGAAUAAGAUAUGUAAAUCAUGGAAAUAGAUAGUAAUGGUACUCCUUACUCAAAAAAAGGUGAUCAUGAACAAGAUAAGAUAUUACUUCAACCAUUUACUUAUAUUCUUCAAAUUCCUGGGAAACAGAUAAGAACUAAAUUAGCAAAUGCCUUUAACUAUUGGUUAAAAAUACCAGAUAAUAAAAUUCAGGCUGUUGGAAAUAUAAUACAAAUGCUACAUAAUUCUAGUCUUUUGCUAGAUGAUAUUCAAGAUAAUUCUAUUCUAAGAAGAGGCAUUCCAGUAGCACAUUCCAUUUAUGGUGUGCCAAGUACUAUAAAUGCUGCAAAUUAUGUUUUAUUUAUUUCUUUAGAGAAAGUGCUUUCCUUAAACCACCCUGAGGCAACACAAGUAUUCACAGAACAAAUUUUAGAGCUUCAUAGAGGUCAAGGCAUGGAUAUAUAUUGGAGAGAUAAUUAUAUUUGUCCAUCUGAAUCAGAAUACAAGCAUAUGACUAUUAAAAAAACUGGUGGACUCUUCAACUUGGCUGUGAGAUUAAUGCAACUAUUUUCCACUUGCAAGGAAGAUUUUUCACAACUAGCAGGAAUUAUAGGUCUUUACUUCCAAAUACGAGAUGACUACUGUAAUUUAUGUAAUCAAGAAUAUACAGAAAACAAAAGUUACUGUGAAGAUUUAUCUGAAGGGAAAUUUAGUUUUCCUAUUAUUCAUGCGAUAAGAAGUCAUCCUGAAGAUCAUCAGAUAAUGAAUAUUUUAAGGCAACGAACUAAGAAUGUUGAAGUAAAACGUUAUUGUGUAAAUUUAUUAGAAAAAUUUGGAUCAUUUGCUUAUACAAGACAAGUUCUUGAAUCAAUUGAUAAAAAAGCUAGAGAUGAAAUAGAACGUCUUGGAGGAAACCCAUUAUUGAUAAAACUUUUAGAUGAAAUUAUAAAUUGGAAAUCACAAGAAACUAGACUAAAAGUUUAAUUAAACAUUUUGUUAAAUAAUGUUAAUGCAGCAAAUGCUUAUUUUAUUUAAGAAUGUACAUAUAUGGUAUAAUACUUAACAUUUUUUGAUGUGUCUGUUCUAUAGAAUUAUUAUAAUUUUAACUACAGUUUUUAUAUAAAUAUCAGAAAUAUUAAAUGUUUAUAAAAAAUACAGUAUGAAUAGAGAAUGAUUUAAUUUUUGUUUUUAUGUGUCAUCAUUAAUGUGUUGAAAGUUAUUUGAAGUUUUUUAUAAAAUUAUUAUUUAUUAAAAUGAAUAAUAACCAUGUUACAGUAUAUAUAAAAGUAAUAUAUAUAUUGUAUAACAAUAUUGAAAGAAUUAAUAAUCUUUUUUGUACGUAAAAAAUUAAUAUCAAUUACUUACAUAUUAACAAAAAUAAAUGUUUGUGUGAAAUGAUGUUUAUGUGGUAUAUGUUAUAUAAGUUAACAAUUUUUAUAAAUGGAAUUAAAUGAUAUUUUUAAUUUAUAUUUAUUGAUUAUUUAUAAAGAUUUAUAGUAAAACAGGCUUAAAUAACAUUGUAAAAUGUUUUCGAUAUUGAAUGAUUUUAAAUAUUUAUGUAUACCUUUUACACACGUAUAAAAUAUUAUUAAUUAUAACAGUUCCAGUAUCAUUUUAUUAUUGUACCUUUAAUGAGUUGACAACCAAUUAUGUAUUUCCAAGUUUUAUUAUCAAUCUUGGUAUUUAUACUAAAAUUUCAUGAUACAUUAUAUAAUACAUAACAUUGAGCAAUCAGCACCGACAUUUGUAAUUCUUUUGUACAUUACAUGAUUAUACGUUGCAUAUUUGUAUACAUAAUGAGCUAUAAUAUUACAGUUUAUCAUUGUGUAAAAAAGCACGCGUAAAUAUGAAAUAUGCUUCUAUAUCAACUAACAAAAAUAUUUGUUACUCGAUAUUUCAGCUUUGUCCUUUGUAUGACAAUUUGUACAAUUUCUUGUUAAUGAACGGAAACGUAUAUUCAUUAAUUUGACUUAUAAUCCACAUAUCGCGUUAAAGCAUUUUUUUCUUUAUUUGCAUUUAAAUGUGAUUUAGAAUUUAUGUUGUAUAUAUUUUUUUUGUUUUUAUUAAAGUUAAUCGUAUAAUAAAUAAAAAUCGUAAUAAAUAAAAAGAAGGAUA